AACCCCCGUGUUUUCUUCACAGUGUGCCUCAGAUCCCAACUCCUCCGUGCCAUUUUUCUUGUCUUGGGUUUCAAUUGCUUUUCAACGUUCCAUUCUUUUGGUGAGAGAGAGAGAGAGAGAGAGGCCAUCACCCAUGCGAUUGUGCAUCAAGCAUCGACUGAACGUGCAAGGCGUAACAGACCCUGCUCUGGAUGGCGAAGUGUAUCAUCCCACAUAUGCCUGAGGACAUCCUGAGGACAUCCUGAGGCCAUGCUAGAAUGAUCUCCAUUGGGCCGAUAAGACACGGACCAUCCCUGAGAAGCACAGUCGCGAAUCUGGGACCAGAAAGAGGUAAGAAAGAAGAGUUCUGUCUCAACCCAGAUAGGUCUCGCAGCUGGGACCCUGGCUGCCCCCAGACCUUCCCAGGGGACUGUGGAGAGGGGUGCGUUGGUGGAACUGUGUACCGAUGUGACAUUUCAUGGAGAAUGGGGGUGAGCAGUCAGCAAAGAGAGGACUAUUUGCAAAGGUGUUAUCCCAGAGGGGACUCAGGAGGUGGAUCCUAGGCAGUGACAUCACUUUGCUCACAAUAGGCCCCAGGAAAGCUUGGAACUCCUGUAACCUGGCACCCAUGUUCUAGGAAGGUCCCAUACCAGGCUCACUUGCCUACAGACACAGAGACUUUAGGAUGUUCUCUUGUUGUUUUCCCAGGUACCGGGGCUCUGGAUGCCAGAAACCCCAGUGCGCAGGAUUACUCAGAGGUUGGAGAGGUUUCCUUCACCCACGCUGGCGAUGCCUCAGGAUGUUUUCCAGGACGUCACAUAAGGGUAUGAACAUCUCACCCAUGCCCGACAAUGAGAACCGCGAGGAAGGGACCAUCGAAGGAGGCUGGAUGCUACUGGUACAGCGAGUGGAGCACCUGGUACCUGCUGUCCUGGGUAGAGACCCCUCCUACCUCUUCACAUUCUUGAGCACGUACAGAGCUUUUGCUACCACCCAGCAGGUCCUGGAAAUACUGUUUAUGAGAUACGGAUGCUUCCAUUCGGAGGCUGAGGAGGAUGGCGGACCCCGGGAGCAGGAGAAACUGGCCAUCUCCUCCAUCCUGGGCACCUGGCUGGAUCACUACCCCGAGGAAUUUUUCCGGCCUCCAGACUUCACCAGCUUGAAGCUGCUGCGGGCGUAUGUGAGGGUCCACAUGCCGGGCUCCGAGCUGCAGCGCCGCGCCCGCCUUCUCUACUCAUGGCGGAAACACCCUUUGGCAGCAGCUCUAGAGCCCCGUCCAGACGUGCCUCGGGAGCGAGCCCCCGCUAUCUCUGUGGUGCCCACUGCAGCCUCGCAGCCCAGGCUGCCUGAAGCCACCAGUUCUCCUGGAGCUCAGCGCGUACGAGAAUCGGAGACCCUCACUGCCGCGUCCCCACCAGGGCAGGAGGAAUGGACCAUCGAAGGAGGCUGGAUGCUACUGGAACAGCGAGUGGAGCACCUGGUACCUGCUGUCCUGGGUAGAGACCCCUCCUACCUCUUCACAUUCUUGAGCACGUACAGAGCUUUUGCUACCACCCAGCAGGUCCUGGAAAUACUGUUUAUGAGAUACGGAUGCUUCCAUUCGGAGGCUGAGGAGGAUGGCGGACCCCGGGAGCAGGAGAAACUGGCCAUCUCCUCCAUCCUGGGCACCUGGCUGGAUCACUACCCCGAGGAAUUUUUCCGGCCUCCAGACUUCACCAGCUUGAAGCUGCUGCGGGCGUAUGUGAGGGUCCACAUGCCGGGCUCCGAGCUGCAGCGCCGCGCCCGCCUUCUCUACUCAUGGCGGAAACACCCUUUGGCAGCAGCUCUAGAGCCCCGUCCAGACGUGCCUCGGGAGCGAGCCCCCGCUAUCUCUGUGGUGCCCACUGCAGCCUCGCAGCCCAGGCUGCCUGAAGCCACCAGUUCUCCUGGAGCUCAGCGCGUACGAGAAUCGGAGACCCUCACUGCCGCGUCCCCACCAGGGCAGGAGGUACUCCCAACUCUGGCUGACAGUCAGGAGCUGGAAGAGCCACCUGCCCCUUUGGUGGCCCCAGAGCAUGAGCAGCCCCCAGCCCCAGCCGGCGGGGUCACGGAAGGGCUGGAGCAACCACCUCCUGCAGCUGAGCAACCAGCCUCAGCUCCCCAACAGCGGCUCAUGUCGGCUGCAGCCCCAAAGGAUGAAUUCCCUGACCUUGUCAUUGCGUUCUUUGUCGUUUUAGUAGUGGGUAUAGAGGUAUUUAGUGUCCUUAUGUACUAUUGGUUUAUACUUAAAACAUAAAUUAAGUGUCAAAAAAUUUACUCUGAUCCUGUGAAAUUACAACUUCAAGUGUCAGUACGUACAUUCGCAGGAUGUUACACCCGUGAGCACUAUGUACUCCUAGAACAUUUCCAUCACAGAGACACGUGGACUACUAAUCACCCACGGCUCAUUCCCUCACCCCAGUCUCUGCAACCAGCGAUCUCGGUUGCUGCUGCUUUAGCUCCUCUGGGAUUUCCAUGUGUGUGCAAACACACAACAUGGCCAUGGCCUGUUGUGUCUGGCUACAUGACAGGAGACUGAUUAAUAAUUGCUUAAAUAUUCAAUGGCACUCAUAUUUUUUAGGACAGAGGAAUAGUCCUCAAAGAACAAAGAUUAGGUGAAGCCCCCACUUGAAGUAUCUUCAUUAGCUGGCAUGGGGACCCUCUGAGGUUUGACACAAGAGCAGAAGCCAGAAGAGAAAUGUCUGGACCAGAGCGAAUACCUUGAAAAUCUUUCAUUUUCCUCGACUGGCCAUGGUGAUAUUGGUCUAACGUGCAUAUUAUAAAAACACCCAAAUGAAACCGUCAAUAUGCCAUUUACGCUAAUCUAUUAGGCAGUAAAGUAUAAAGUUCUGGAAGGUUUCCUACGGGUGACAUGUAUUCAGUAAAAUGAAGAUUUAAAUAAUGAGGACAGGCACCAAGGUGGCUCAAUGGGCGAGUUUCCGAGUCGAAUUUGGCUCAGGUCACGAUCUCAUGGUUCUU